UUCUUUCCUUCGUCUGAGAAAACCAAACCGCCGUGGAACAGUAGCCCCUUGCCCUUUGCCUUUGCCACAUUCUUCUCCAUUUCCGUUUCCGGUGGCCAGCGACCAAGGGCGAGCAUCACUAACCCUGCUUCCUUCCUCUUUUCUGUUUUUCUUCCCAUCGCUUGUCGAAAACCCAAUCGAGGGAGAUUGCAGUAGUGGGAGGGCGAUUACAGCGGCGAGAGGGCAACAUCUCCCUUCUUCUUCUCCUCCUCCUCCGUUCGGCCAGCCUCUACUCUUCUAUGGAAAGUUGCAAAUAAAUGCUUUGGUUCGAGUCUGGAAACGGCCCCUCCGCGAUGUGGGGCGUACAUUGUGACCUCAAACCCUACAGUGGCUGGAGCCUCGUGCACUGGAGAUAGGUUAUAUCCUUCAAAAUUCAAAUUCCUUUCAAGAGUCAAACCAAUCAAUCCCUUGUCAAUCAGUUGAUACCUCAACUUUUAAAGGCUUUAUUAUCUUGUCAGCCAUGGAUGAUGAAAUAUCUGGUUCAUAUCGACGCACAUCAAGCCGGACUCGGAAGGUUGCUGCAAAAAUGGUUGCUGCCCUUGCAAGCAGCGAUAAUAGAACACAGGCAGCCCUUGCUCGUCUUGAAGCUUUGGAAAGUGACAAUGUAGGACCGGAGGUGAUAGAGCUUAAUGAUGAUGAUGAUGCUUCUCUUGAUGAUGAUGAUUCAGUACAUGUACAAAAGAGGCAAUCGAAGAACAAUAAACGUAGAACCCGGCAAGCUAAAGCACUUGAGAAUGCAAAGAAGGCCCCCAGAACAUUCGUGGAACUCUUACAAGAGGCAAAUUUGGAAUCCUUGCCUCCACAAGUUCCUUCCUAUUUAAGAGCAGCAGUAGGACCCCCAAGCUCAACUUCUCGCCGGCAUUUCUGCACAGUUUGUGGAUUUUCAGCCAAUUAUUCAUGCGGAAGGUGUGGUGUGCGCUUUUGUUCAGGUCGUUGCCAGAAUAUACACAAUGAUACUCGUUGUCUGAAGUUUGUUGCCUGAUUGCUGGGUGACCCGGCCCACCAAAAUGCUCAAAAUACUCUUAAAAAGCUCAACUCUGUACAUGUUUCAUAUGAAUGGCAAAAAUCACUUGUAUGAAAAUCCUUGUCUUUAUUUUUUAUUUUACUUAUUUUUGUUAAUGGAGAAAGAAAAUCAAUUAAAGGAAAUAACUUAAUACA